AUGACUUCCAGUUUACGUCAAAUCAAGCUGCGCGCGCAGUUGAGCGCGAAAUCUGAUUUCGUAUUGCAGACGGAAAUUUGCAACAUGGCAUCAAUAGAUGGGUUAUUUGAACAAAUUAUACAUUAUGAAAAAACUGCACAGGAACGCAAAAACUUUCUUCAGGAAUUGCGACAGGCAGUAAUUUCUGCGCAGGAAAAUAGAAGGCUAUUAGAGACAAAAUAUGCAGAAUUACAAAAUAAAUUAGCUCAAAAGGUUGGUGAGCUAAGUGACAAAGAGUUGAUGUGUAAAUGGUUGUCCUCCCAGGAAACAAUAUACCAACAACAGUUGUCUGACCUUGAGAAGCAACUACAAGGUCUUGAAGAGGAAAAGAAAUCUGUUAAAAAGAACUUGCAGGAUGAAAAGGAGAAAUUCUGUGCCAAUAUUUCCCAAUUCUAUAUCAAUUUUGGUCCCAGAAGUUCUUGCAGCACAGAGAGAGAAGGAAAAUUUAAUUCCAUGUUUCAAGAUUUGCUGAUGGAAAGAGAAAAAUAUCAAUCAAAUCAAGAGAAAUAUAGUGUUAGAGAGGAAUCUGUUAAAAAACUUUGUACAGAAAAAGAAAACUUGAAGACACAGCUUGAGAAAAUCUUCUUAGAAAAUAACAAGUUGACAUCAAGCCUGUGUGAGGAGCUCCAGAAAUCAACAGAUUUGGAAGAGGAAAAACUAACAGUUACCAAGAUUCCAACCACAGAUCCUGAGUUUAUACGCAUACAAGAGGAACUAGAGUCAGAGAGACAAGUGAGUUCUGACCUUGAACAGCAGUAUAGCCAUGUACAAUCUCAACUACACCAACUUCAUCAGAAACUAUGGCAACAGCAACUUAGACAACAACAACAGGCAAAACAGACAUACACACAAACAGUUAAUUCUCACCUUGUACAAGACCGUAAUAAAACUCAAUCAGGACAGCCUAUCGCUUGGCAACAAAGAAGAAACAUGGAGAAUGAUGGACAAACAAGGCAACAGAAAAGUGAUCCUGUAAAAAAGACAAUGAAAGUCUUGGCUCAGAACUUGGGUAGCACUGCAGGCGGCCAGAUCGAGAAAACAGGACUUGCUGUAUCCAGUUAUAAUGACAAAAACAGUCAACAAAAUUCAGAUACUGGCAGUGGUUUAGAGGAUCAUAGUGAUGUACUGUUUAGUGGUGAUGAAAACCUCAGUGAUGACAUGCAGCUUUCUCAAGAUGAUACCAUGUAAAUCAUUGGUAAAGCAUUGAUAUGAUGAAAAUAAUUUGUAAAACAUUGAUACCUUGUAAAUCUUUGGUAAUAACAUUGAUACCAUGUUAUUAAUUGGUAAAACAUUGAUACCAUAUUAAUCAUUGGUAAAACAUUGAUACCAUGUUAUUAACUGGUAAAACAUUGAUAUCAUGUUAAUCGUUGGUAAAAUAUUGAUACCAUGUAAAUCAUUGGUAAUAACAUUGAUACCAUGUUAAUCAUUGGUAAUAACAUUGAUACCAUGUAAAUCAUUGGUAAAAUAUUGAUACCAUGUAAAUCAUUGGUAAUAACAUUGAUACCAUGUAAAUUAUUGGUAAAACAUUGAUACCUUGUUUAUCAUUGGCAAUAACAUUGAUACUGUGUAAUUCAUUGGUUAAACAUUGAUACCUUGUAAAUCAUUGGCAAUAACAUUGAUACCAUGUAAUUCAUUGGAUAAACAUUGAUGCCUUGUUAAUAAUUGGCAAUAACAUUCAUACUGUGUAAAUCUUUGGUAAAACAUUGAUAUCAUGUAAAUUUAAGAAAUGAUAUCAGUCUAAGGGGUGUUUAUCCGCUAUUUAACACCGGUUUAGAGUUUUGAUGCAUACGAAUUGAAUUGACCAAGAAGGUUGUAGGCCUGAGUGGUUAAAUUUUAGUUUUUUACACAUCAAAACAACAAAACUGGUGUUAAAUAGCCGAUAAACACCGCUCAGACCGAUAUUAUUUUGAUUCUAACAAGAUAAAAUAAGGAAGAUCACUAAUGUUAGUUUUUCAAGCGGAAAAAACUUCCGUUUCCGAUUUUCUUAUAACACUGUUCGAUUUCAUACCCUACUGUUGCUAUUAUAGAAAUUAUUAAACAAAAGAAAUAAUGAGAAAAAAGUUAUUUUAUCAAGUUUUCAUUGGUAAAAACAUUGAUACAAUGUAAAUUAUUGGUAAAACAUCAAUACCAUGUAAAUCAUUGGUAAAACAUUGAUACCAUGUUAAUUAUUGGUUAUAACAUUGAUACAAUGUAAAACAAUAUAACAUUAAAAAGGCAUUAAAGAAACUGACCAAAAAAAAAGAAGAACUUUAUGCAACUUGUUAACAUGGCAUAACUGCAUCAUGUAAUGAUAUCUUAAAUAUGUUAAAAUUACUACUGACUAUGUACCAUGUGAUAUGAAGAUGUAACCUUGUUUAUUUAUCAUUUUUAUGUUACCAUGACAACAACACAAACUAAUUAAGUGGUAUGAAUAAAUGUAUCUAGUGAAGAUGUGAUAUACAAUGAAAACCAGUGAUAUUAUACAAAUAUGUAAUUAUGAUGAACAGAUGAAACCAUGACUGAACACCGUUAUAUGUUAUAUGUAACAAUAUCCAGUCAUAUAUACCAGUAACAUGUCGUCAAAACAAUAUUAACACUGAUAUAUGUAACAAUAACAAGUCACAAUAUACCAGUAACAUGCCAUCACAACAACAUCACCACUGAUAUAUAUACAUGAAUAACAAUAAUCAGUUAUACAUGAAUAUUUUAUAUGUUAAACAAUAACCAGUUAAGUUAUUAGUUAUAAAGAUUCUUGACAGAUUAUAUGACCCUAUACAAAUGGUUGUUUGCAUAUAUAACCCAGUAGGCCAGUUUAAAGAAACUACAGGCAGCAAAUAUUAUAGCUUUAAACACUUUUAACAAUGAAAUGUAUGUCUGAUUAUAUAAAUGCAUAUAACUUGAGAUUAGAUCUUUUUCACAGGAUAAACAUAAAGGUUACGGGAAGAACAAGUACAAAGUACUUCUAAAUUGAAACUUAGACUUUCUGAACCUUUAUAGUAACUGUACUUUUCUUUAACUAAUUGUCCUUGACCAUGAAACUUUUAUAUAAAGUUAUCAUUUUUUUCAAGGACCAUCAAUUUAAUUAGAUUGUAAUAUUUGUUUGUGUAAACAGUUAAUUUUAAGUGCAUUUUCUAAAGCAGUUUAUUAUAAUAUUGUGUAGCUUUUUUGUAUAAUGUUUUAAGUGUUUUGUUUCUCCAUUGUCACUAUUGUAAGUAUAAUAAUGUGCUUUAGGAAGUAAAACUCAUUUGUUACAGUGCUAGUAUAGAUUCCAUGAAAAUUUGUUAGGUUACUAUUACAAAAUAAAAAUUACUUCGUAUUAGGAGCAGUAGUCCAGUGGUAGGACGCGCGCUUAGGGAUCGAGAGGUCCCGGGUUCGAACCCCACCAGAGGCACUGCUAAUUUCCUUGAGCAAGAAAUUUACCUGCGAUUGCUUCACUUCACCCAGGUGUAAAUGGGUACCUGUGAGGGUGGUAUAAUUCCGUUGCGCCAAAGUGUCGGCUGCACUAAGCGGAGUUAAAAGACUCCCCAGGGAGAUUGAUAGAUAGAUACCAGUAGCCCGAUGACCAGGGGUAAUAGCUGUGAAGUCGGUGAACGUGCGUAAGCAUGAAACUUAGACUAUAAAAUGCAAUUACUUACUAACGAACUUACAUCCGUAUUCACAUUGGCUUCCUCAAUACAUGUAUGUAUUAAAUACAUUUCUUAUAACUUAUAAAUAUUCCUUGAAAUAGUUUGAUUUCUUAUAACUUAACAAUUUUUUGAAACAAGUUUCAUUCAAUGUAUAUCAAUUUAGAGGGUAAGGCAUUGUUAUAUUUGCAGAAGUAAAAUCACUUGUAUUUCAGCUAUCCCAUCCCUUUUUACUCAAAUGUUUUUAUAUAAAUUGUGAAUUUAAAUGAAAAGAAGAUACAAUCAAAUACUUCUCAAGGAAGUAUAUCUCAUCCUCAUGCUGUAAUUUGAUGAAUUAUGAAAAACUGAUGUAAAUUUAAGCUAAUUGGAAAAAUACACAAAUACAUUUUUACAUGGUCAAAAAGAUCUUGUUUUGCUUCAAUAUUAAAACAGUUCUUUUCACUGUUACACAAAAGAUUCUGCUAUGAAAUAUGAUAAAUUAUGUGAAAGUGUUUUAUUUUUAAGUAAGCAAAGAAGAACAUUUAAAUUAAAACUCUUUCGUACAACUAACAUUAUUUUGUUUAUUUAGACCACCAUAAUGUUAUUUCUCCAUUAGUUUUCUCAUAUGGUGCAUUUAGUAAGAAAGACAAUUUUACAAUCAGUUAAGUUCUUAUCCUUUAAGACUGAAGUAACCUACUUUUUUAUGUCUACCCUUUUGGGUUGUGGGGGAAAUACCGGACAUAAGACAUUAUAGACCAGUUAAUGUCAUGCGUGACUCCAUAGGAUAAAUGCUAGAGCCAUAUAACUUUUUAAUAAGUUUUUAAAACAACUAGCUGUAUGCAUUAUACUGAAGAUUGGCAGAGUUAUGCUCCCUGAUUUAGCAAAAAGUGGCAUUUUUAAGACUUGUUUUUCUUUUAUAUCUCAAAAGUAUAACUGCUAAAGGCAUGAAACUUUCCAAGAAUAGUUUACACAUAGAGGCUAUUUGUUUGUUUUGCAUGUAAGAUUGAAAUAUAAUUUCACUGAGUGAACAUCAGAUGCAAUAUUUUCACGAGUGGCGUAGCCACGAGUGAAAAUAUAAUAGCUGGUGUUCACGAAUGAAAUAUAUUUCAAUCUUAUAUGUAAAACAAAUAAAUUUUCUUUUCAUUUCAUGCUUUUUAAGUGAUUUUAAGUAUUGUUUACUGAUUUUGCCGCGUAUCGUCGCGCAUUCUCCUUUGUGACGUCAUCACAUCAUGACGUCACAUCAUCAAUUUUGAAAUAUAGUUCUGUUAAAUUUCUCUAAUUUUGUUACAUUUUUAACAUGAUGUAUGGUGACAUCGUCUUUCUUUUCCUAAAGAAGCAAAAUUUACGUAUGAUGGCAUUUAUUUCUGCCUGUUAUUCCAUUUAGUUAUGAUUUUCUUUUCAUCCGCAUUCAGAUAUAGUCCGGCUACAGUGAAAAUUAUAUUUUAUAAAUUUCACUAGUGGUUUAUCAGAAUAUAAUCAUCUGAUAUAUUACAAUAAAACACUGGAAAGCAUGAAAUAAAUUUUGUUAUUUUAAGGCAAAUUUAUUCAAGUUCUGCAAGGUAAUGCCCCUUGAUUAAGGGAAAAAAAUAGUAUUUUUAUACUUGUGUCACACUUAAAGUAUAACUGCUUAAGACAAGAAACUUAAUAAGAAUCUUUGUUAUCAUGUGAGUUUAAGCACCUGUGAAAUAUGUCGCUAAUUUAUUUGAGAUUAGAAGAGUUAUGGCCCCUUGUUACCAAAAGUUAAUAUAUUUGAGCUUAAAUUACAUAUAACUGCCAUUUUUAUUUGCACCAGAAAUUGUAUGAUACAGGGUUUUUGUGAUUAUACAGGGAAUGUGAAAGAAUCCUUUUCCUUGGUUAUCUUUUAAAAUAACUUGAGUCAGUAUGUAGUGAGAUAAAUGGUAUUACUUAAAUUAUCACUUGAAUUUUCAUGGUGUAAGGCUUCAUGUGUAUUUAUUAUUAUUUAUAUUGUUGUAAACAGUUAGAUAUGUUAGUUUGCCUACAUGUUCAUAUUGCACUUUUUCUAUGUUGUUGUAUAAUCAUAUCACCAUGACCACUUUAGUUCUUGCUUGAUUACUCAUUAUUUCAAUUUAACUUAUUUAUUUUAAUAUGAUGUUUGUGUAUAUAUGUUGUCAACUUGUGUAUAUAAACUGUUUAUAUAUUGAAA